CCUGAGCCUGAAGAUGGUGCAGACGCGCGGGCGGCAGCAGCAGCAGAUCGCGCGCAAGGAGCUCAUGCUGGGGCUGGCCAAGGACUCCAUGUCCCUCCUGCUGGAGCUCGGCUACGUGAUCAACCAGUGCUACGGCAACCGGCCGCCGCACGAGAUGCAGCGCGCUCUGCGGCGCAAGAACGAGCUGGUCAGUCGCCUCGAGACGUUCGUCGGCUCGCAGCAGAGCAGCAGAGAGGAGGACAAUACCGCCCAAGAGCGAGAGCAGCUCCAGGCCUCCGUCGAGAGGCUGCAGAAGCAGCUGCUGGACCAGAGCGCCGAGUUCGAGCAGGAGCGCGCGCGUCUGCAGCAGCAGGCGACCACGGAGUUCGACGCGGAGCGAGCGCUGCUGCUGGAGCAAGCCAGUGCCGCAGCCGAUACGCAGCAGGACAUCAGUCGCAGGAACUUGACGGAGCGCGAGGCGGCGCUCACGUGUCCGAUAUCCCUGGAUCUGUUCGAGAACCCAGUGGUGACUGAAUGUUGCGGCAAGACCUUUUCGUCCGAAGCGUUGAACCAGGCGCUGAGGCGCAACUCGCAGUGCCCCGUGUGUCGCGCUCACAGAGUGGCGACCAGAGCAGGAACCAGCGCAACCAACGCGUCCAAGCUCGAGCUGCCGUCCCUCAUCGUCCGUCCUCGACAACCACCCAAUCGAACACGAUGUCGACUUCUACUCCACCGGGCAGCAAUCGAGGACGGCGUCGAGGAGGACGGAAUUCGAACCCUCGCCGUCAUCGUUCUUCACGUACAAGCUCCUAGUAGCACCGACUACUCCUAUAUCCGAAGCUGGGUGCCACGGGACGUUGACAGUUCAUCGUAUCGGUCUGCCCCGAGCUCAAACACCGCGCCGACGCAGUCGAGCACUUCCACAGGCUAUGGCCGCGCACCCCUCGACGACGGCUUCAAUCCUUACCCGUACGGAUACGGAUACUUCGACUCGGACUCGGAUUACUAA